CCUAUAACGGUUCCGCAGGUCUACUCAGUUUAGCAGAGCAGCAGCUAGGGUUUUGAUUUCCUAAGGCGGAGCCGGUGUUUCCCGGAGAUCCCUCAGAUCCUAGCCAUGGCGGCACCUGCGAAGGUUUUAUCUCAGAAGGAAGCCGACAUCCAGAUGAUGUUGGCCGCCGAUGUCCAUUUAGGGACUAAGAACUGUGAUUUUCAGAUGGAAAGAUAUGUCUUCAAGCGACGAAGUGAUGGGAUCUUCAUCAUUAAUCUGGGAAAGACCUGGGAGAAGCUCCAAUUGGCUGCUAGGGUUAUUGUAGCUAUUGAAAACCCUCAGGAUAUAAUUGUUCAAUCUGCGAGGCCCUAUGGCCAGAGGGCUGUUUUGAAGUUUGCCCAGUUCACAGGUGCUCACCCAAUUGCGGGAAGACACACUCCAGGAACAUUCACUAACCAGCUCCAGACAUCUUUCAGUGAACCUAGGUUACUAAUCCUUACCGAUCCUAGGACGGAUCAUCAGCCAAUCAAGGAAGCUGCCUUAAGCAACAUACCAACCAUUGCUUUCUGUGACACGGACUCCCCCAUGCGGUAUGUGGAUGUUGGUAUCCCGGCCAAUAACAAGGGAAAGCACAGCAUUGGUUGUUUGUUCUGGUUGUUGGCAAGGAUGGUUCUACAAAUGCGUGGGACCAUUCAUCCUGGGAAGAAAUGGGAUGUUAUGGUGGAUUUGUUUUUCUAUAGGGAGCCUGAGGAGGCCAAGGAACUAGAAGAAGAUGAUAUUGUUGCUGCACCCGAUUAUGGAGUUGCAGAGUACUCGGUAGCUGCCCUUGGCCUACCGGGUGAACAAUGGUCUACCCAAAUUGCAGAUGCACAGUGGGCACCAGAAUUGGCUACUCCAGGUCCCCUUCCUGCUGUUCCCAAUGUUGAAUGGCCUCCAGCUCCAGUUACUUUAUCAGGAGAUGGAUGGGACACAGCAGCUCCGCCACCUAUGGAACCAGCUGGAAUUGUUGACGUUGCUCCUGUUGCUCCUGUUGCCCCUUCUGGUUGGGAUUAGAGGACUACAAUUUUGUGAACAGUAGCUCAAGUUUAUAAGUAGUCUUUUUUUCUCUUUAUAGGAUAAUUUCUUCUUUAUCAAAUCAAACAAUGGUUUUUCUUAGCUGAAAUGUACGUUGUUCCUGCCCCUACUGGGUGGGACAGUUCAAAGAACUACAAUUUUGUGAACUGCUUAUAGGAUACUUAGAUUUUCUCAAAUUAAACAUGUAUUUCUCAGCUGA